AUGGCUAGAAAGUACUCUCAGUUCAACCGCCACGAACCGAAAAUCUCUGUGGUUUCGUCAACAAGUGCGCCAUACACGGCUCAGCGGCGACCGCGCCACACUCCUGAUGAAGACGCUGACGCCGAUCAACCAGCCAGGACCUUCGUCCGGAUGGGUAACAUGAGGCCGUGGGCCCAAGCCCAGGGAAGAUUAUCGCCGAACCCCUUACUAGGUCUAGAGAAUUCUGCAAGAGAUAGCUACCAUGUCACACAGAGUUGCAAUGCUUUUGUGAGAAAGGGAGGGAAAAUCCAGUCUGGAUCUUUGAUUGAGGUCAUGGAAGACAUCACAGAGGGCGAUAUAAAAAGGAUUAAACACCAGGCCCUUUUCUUGGUCCACCCCAAGCUUCGGGACGGUGGAUCAACCGAGAUCCGCUUCCCAGUGCCUUGGGCUUGGGAUCCUGGGGCCGCUCCCAAGGAAUCUCGCAAGGUCGCGAUGGACAUUCACGUGGCAGCAGAGUUUGGAUAA